GUCUAGAUUUGUGUAAUACUUGGCUACUUGCAUCCUCACGAGUCACGCCCGCACCGCAACCAAAAACACCAAGCGCUAUUCCGGGAGCGUGAGGCUCCGCCGCUUCUCCGGCACCAACUACAAACACACAAAAACAAAUAUCCGUCUCCGUAAAUCUCUCAGGGAGAGCAACUCUCUCAAAUCUAGGCAUCUCGCCGAGAAUUUCGUCUGAAUUUCAGCACACAUUUCUCUGUUUUCAGUAAUGGAGGCGAGGAGAACCGAGAGUCCGGUGUACGCGCGCCAUUGGAGCAGCGAAUCCGGAGUUCUCAAUCCACCGGCCGCCGCGCCGCGUCCGCACCAUGGUCGCUCCUCCUCCGUUUCCGGAAUGUCCAGCAUUAAGCGCACUCAGAAUGUCGCCGCCAAAGCUGCUGCUCAGCGGCUUGCUCAGGUCAUGGCCUCCCAAGCCGCCGCCGGCAAUGACGACGAGGACGAAGAUAAUGAUGAUCUCGGCUUCCGAUUCGCUCCUCCUCCUCUGCCUCUGUCCAGAACUGCCUCCGGCCCACCUAACACCAGUAACAAUAAAAUUAACGGUAAUGCUGCCAAGGCAUCUGCUUCGUCCAGUAAGAUCAGUAGCAGAUCCUCUUCUCCUUCGCUAGCUCGGAAUAUGGUGGAAGAAACUCCAUCUCAUCGGUCAACAUCAGCUGGGAGGCCUUUAACGUCAACUCGUCCUGCACCAGCAGUACCAACUAGCCGUUCGUCACUGAAGACUCCAAUACCCAUACCACAAAUUGAUCCUCCUACCAACAAACCACAAGAGAAAAGAUUCUCACCAAAUUUGGGACAAGUAAAUUUAAAAGAUGGGGGCCAUCAGCCUGGCACUUCUGCACUCCAUGAUGAACUUGAUGUGCUACAAGAAGAAAAUGAGAAUCUUCUGGAAAAGCUUAGGGUUGCUGAGGAGAGAUUUAGGGAAGCUGAAGCUAGAGUUGUGGAGUUUGAGAAGCAGGUUGCUGCUCUUGGUAAAGGAGUGUCCUUAGAAGCCAAAUUAUUGAACAGAAAAGAAGCUUCUUUGCGCCAGAGGGAGGCUGCACUAAAAGAGGCAAAAGCAAAAGAGGGGGUAGAUGUGGAGCUUGCAACACUCCGUUCUGAUGUUAAGAAUGCGAAAAAUGAGGCAACAGCUGCUGUUGAUCAACUUCGAGGGACUGAAACUGAAGUCAAAGCUCUGCGCUCUAUGACACAAAGGAUGGUGUUAAGCCAGAAUGAAAUGGAAGAAGUUGUUCUCAAAAGAUGUUGGCUUGCUCGUUAUUGGGGUUUAGCUGCUCGGUAUGGUAUCUGUUCGGAUAUUGCUAUCACUAAAUAUGAAUAUUGGUCAUCUUUAGCCCCUCUUCCCUUUGAAAUAGUCCUCUCUGCUGGACAAAAAGCGAAGGAAGAAUGCUGGCAAAAAGGUGAUGACAGUCCAGAAAGGGGCAAACAUGUUCAGGACUUGAGUGAUCUGACUGGAGAAGGAAACAUUGAGAGUAUGCUUUCAGUAGAAAUGGGCUUGAAAGAGCUUACGUCACUCAAGGUUGAAGACGCAAUUGUCCUUGCACUCACUCAACAACGGCGCCCAAACUCUGCUCGAACAUCAAUCUCAGAUCUCAAGUCACCUGGUGAUCCAAAGUAUAUGGAAGCAAUUGAACUGAGCCCUGAGGAGUCUGAAGAUGUGCUUUUCAAGGAGGCAUGGCUUACCUACUUUUGGAGAAGAGCCAAGGCCCUAGGUAUAGAGGAGGAAAUAGCCAACAAACGGCUUCAAUUUUGGAUCAGCCGCAGUGCACAAUCACCAACCUCACAUGAUGCUGUUGAUGUUGAACAAGGCCUAACGGAGCUGAGGAAAUUGGGCAUUGAGCAUCGACUAUGGGAGGCAUCUCGCAAAGAAACCGACCAGGAUUCUUCUCUUAUUGGAAAGUAACUCCAUCAACCACACCAUCAAAGAUUUCAUCGACUGCAAGUUAGUGUAUGUAUUUGUUUGCCUUUCCACUUGAUGCGCGAUUUUACCUUAAUAAUGUAAGCUAAAUAUAUGUUGACAUAUUAUCCUUCACAGUGCAAUAUCAGCAUAUAUUACAUUAUUAUUACUACAUGGUCUA